AUGGAGAUCCAGCCUUUAUAUGAAUCAAUUACAGAAUUUGUACAAGAAAAAGCAAAAACAUAUAAACAACAAAGUAUAGAAAGCUUAGAUGGUGAAAUACCGCAGUCUAUUAUAAAUUUACUGAGACAGGAGCUACAGGAAAUACAUUCAAAACAGCUCAGUAAGAGCAAACUUGAUCAUUUGAGCAAGCAGGUGUAUGAUAUAGAGUUUCAAUGGAAAAAAGAUCAAGUAAAGAAUAUAAUCGAAUUGAUUGGUGAUGUACCUAAAUAUUCCUUGGGUAGUGAAAUAAUUAAUAAUGAUUUAGAUAAUAGUGGUGGUGUUUCUUUAGAAAAAUUGAUGGAAGAUGUACUUAAGUUACCCAAGAUGGCAAUAGCAGAUGAUGAAAAUAAUACGGAGAAUGAAGCGAUGAUCUUAACAGAAUAUAACAAUUUAAAAGAUGAGUUAACAAAAAAAUCCAAGAUCAUUCAAUAUGGUGAAAAUGAAUUGAAGGUAAUGAAAGUAGAAUUGAAAGAAUUAGAGAAUCUGUUUAAGAGUAUACGAGAAUUUUCAAAUGUCAGUAAUAAUGAAAGCGAUGAUCACGAUGUUACCGGAUAUAUGAAAUCUUAUAAUGAGAAACUUGAAAGUUCUCUUAAAGAAAUGCAAUAUUUAUUAGAGGAGUCGAUUAAAACAUCUACCAAUUCUCCUGAAAGGAGGAAACAGUUACAAGAACUUUUGGAAGAAAUCUCAUAA